CAAAGAAAUAAAGAGGUAUGAUAAAAUAAACAAACUCUUAUCUUCUUCACACACCAGCCCAAGUAACCACAACCUCCUUCUCAAUUCUCAUCAUCUGAAGCUACCACAACCAUCACCUCUUCUCUCCCACAAACCAGCCCAAAUACCCACUUGCUCAUAAACCACCACCGUUCGCAGCAGAAACCUCCACGUCCGACCACCGUUCUUCUUGCACAGCCACCCAUGUUCACAAAGCUUUAUAAGAGCUUGUGUUUCAUGUCGCGGCGGUCGUGCAGUGUUAUCACCACUAGAGAUCGUAAAGAUCUCAUCUUGCAAGGUUUUUUCGUUCUAAGAUGCUUAACAAUGGUGUUUCCUAGACGAGGCAAGUGUGGAAAUAGAGUCGUGAAGGGAAGAGUAGAUGUGGCCAGGGAGAGGAAGGGGGAAGAAGGAGAAGAAUGGUGUACCCGUACUAACCGACCCGCAUAACCCGCUCAUCGAUUCAACCCGCACCCAAGAUAUCUGAGGCUUCCACGGUCGGUAACAGUUUGAUAUAUGUCUGGUUCAAACCCGUCCAAACCCGGUGUGUGCCACCCGAGUCCGCCCGAUGCUCAGCCCUUAACACUCACUGUCUUUUCACUCCAAACCCUAAUUAGUUGAAACCGACCGCACGCGAGAGAGAAAUGAAGUUGGAACGGCUAAGAUAAGGUGUGUCACGAGGACAAACCCAUCUUCUCCAUUGAUUUCCACCCUCCCUCGCCACCGCCGGCGCCGAUUUCAACAACAACCUUUCUUAUCAUAGCUCCGCCGUCAAUGUCAUUCUCUUCUUCCGCACCUUUCUGAAGGUAACUGCUUCUUCUGUGCUCCAGCUGGUUUAAUCGUCCAAAACUGGAAACGGAGUGGUAGUACCUUGAUGUUGAGAUCGGCGCCGGCGGUGGCGGAGGGAGGGUGGAAAUCAAUGGAGAAGAUGGGUUUGCCCUCGUGACACCUUAUCUUAACCGUUUCAAACUUCAUUUCUCUCUCGUGCGGUCUUUUCGGUUUGAACUAAUUAGGGUUUGGAGUGGAAAGACAGCGAGUGUACAUAGAGAAGAAUGCGAAGAGUCAAGAGUGGGGGAAGGGAAUUUUCGCGCUUCUGUGUUUUAAUUGGCGGUAUUGUUUGGGCUUAGGGCUUUUCUUAUCAUAGCUCCGCCGUCAAUGUCAUUCGCUUAUCAACAACCUUUCUUAUCAUAGCUCCGCCGUCAAUGUCAUUCGCUUCUCUUCUUCCGGGUAACUGCUAGCUUCUGGUGCUGAGGGUAUGAUCUUGAUUGUCACUGUUGAAUGUGUUUAACAGUUUUUAGUUUUUAGCUUCAGCUAAAAUAAGGGAUCAACUAGCUUCUGCUAGUUUUUAGUUUUUACAUUCGACAGAUACUGGUCAUAGAUGGAAGGUUUUUAAGACGUUACGAUCUCAUCUCAAGGGCAUUAUGGACCUCGAGUGGUCUCCGGAUGGCGCAUAUCUCAUAUCUGGAUCAGUUGAUAAUUGUUGCAUUAUAUGGGAUAUAAACAAAGGAACUAACCUUCAGACACUAGAGUCCCAUGCACACUAUGUUCAGGGGGUUGCUUGGGACCCUCUAGGGAAGUAUGUUAUAUCUCUUAGUUCUGACCGGACAUGCCGAGUUUACAUUAAUAAGCCUCAUAAAUCAAAGGGCAUUGAGAAGGCCGAUUAUGUUUGCCAGCAUCUUAUAUCCAAACCAUUAUUGAAGAUUUCUAAGUCAACAACUCAGAAGUUGAAAGGAAAGGAAGGAAAGACACUUGAAAGGAAGCUAAGGAAAAUCAAAUGUUGACUUGACGAGACCGACACCAAAAUGCAGUGCCUCCGCUGUGGCCUCGAGCAACAGCUAUUUCCUCAUCAACAUAAAACCAGAUAAAAAAAGGACUCUUGGUAUUUGGUUCUGCGUCUUCCUUUUUUCCUAGGCUGAUCUGUAGAGGUUUCAGAGGUCCAAUUUUUAUUCGAAGGUUCUCAAAAAUGAAAGCCAGUAUUCUGUUUUUCCAUGAAAGUCUCCCUUCAAAUGUUAAUUGUCCAAUCGGUCCAAGAUAUACACCAUUUUCGAUCCUCUUUGCGUAAGAAUUCAUGAAGACAAUUUAAUACUCAAACUGAUAUAAGCAAUCAGAAAACUGCUUGAGCUUA